GCUAGAUCUACUCGCCAGCUCCUUCUACCCCGACUCGCCCGCGCGCACCUCCCGCCAUGGCGUCUGCGACCGCUGCCGCCUCGCUCCGCCUGUCGUCGGUCUCGGCGUCGACCUCGCUCCCUCAAGCCUCGAGCAGCAGCAGCAGCAGCGAGGGCGAGUUCAUCACGUUCAAGGCCACCAUGCGCCUCCCGAUCUCGCCCCGCUUUGCCGCGUCCAACCACUCGUCGAGCUAUCCGGGCCAUGACCAGGGCAUGGACGGCGUCCGAGAGGUCCUCGCCGGCUGGGUCAUGCGGUACCUGCCGCCAGUUCGCGCCGUCCUCCUCUCCUUCUCGCCCACCCCCCGCUUCCUCCACCCGGCCGCGUCCUUCCCGGCGUCUGCCUCGCCGUUCGACUCGUCCUUCAGCCCGGCAAAGGACCCGCGAGCGCUCCUCUCGACCCCGCAACCUCAAGCCGCCGCCGCAGAUGACGACGACGACGAUGAUGGCGAGACGGUCCGCUUCAAGUCGCUCCCCAUGGUCCAGGGCACCGGCUUCACGCUCGCCAACGUCGAGUGGGAGGGCGUCGGCUGGCGGCCACGCGUCGGAAUGAAGCUUCUCGGCACCCUCACGCUCGCCUCGCCCUCGCACGUCUCGCUCCUCCUCCACAACCUCUUCAACGCCUCGAUCCCCUCGUCCCACAUCCCCUCGCAGGACUACGAGUUCGACCCCGAGUGCGCCGUGCCGCCCAUCGUCCUCGAGCGCCGCAACGCCAACGUGCCGCUCCGCAGCGUCGUCGACUCGGUCAAGCGCCGCGCCGGCGCCGCCGCUGCAGCAGAAGACGGCGGCGAGGGCGCCGUCGAGGAGACGGUGACGGGCGAGCCGGGCUCGGAGCACCUCGUGCCGCAGAGCGCGGCGGGCGAGGCGGACGUCGCCAAGGCCGAGGCGGACGCAGAGGAGGAGCAGGACGAGGAGGACGAGCUCAAGGAGGAAGAGGACGAGGCGUUGCUGGCCGAGCGCGGGUGGUGGGUGCACCGCACGACGCGCGAGCCGCUCGGCGGGUCCGACGGCCGCAUCGAGUUCACUCUGGUCGACCUCACGACGACCAACUCGCUCCUGUCGUGCACGGGCUCGCUCCUCGCCGACCCCUUCUCGCCCUCGGCGCUCGCCGCCCUCUCGGCACACCACCCCUCGUCGUCGACCAAGCCCGACCCGGACGCAUCCCUCGUCAAGAGCAAGAUCCUCACGACGCGCGACAACAAGCGCAAGCGUGGGCGCGACAGCGAGAGCGACACGGGCUCGUCCGGGUCCGACUCGGACGACGACGACGACGACGACCGCGAGUCGUCGGCAUCGCCUGCACCUCGAGGUGCGGCCGCCGCGAGCGACAGCUCGGACUCGGAGCUCGACAACGACGACGACGACGGCGUCGGGACGGGCAUCCCGCGGCACGGCGUCGACGUCGCCAAGGCGUCGCAGCGCGCGCAGCACGGCGGCCGGGCCGCCGUGCCCACCGUCGAGCGCGCGCAGAGCGUCGCGAGCAGCAGGAGCCCGAGCCCGCUCCCGGCGCCGGCGCACCUCGCCGUCAAGAAGGGCGAGGUCAAGAACGAGGCGGACGACGGCGCGGCGGCGGCGGCCAAGGCGGCGAAGAAGGCGGCAAAGAAGGACAAGAAGGCGGCCAAGGAGGGCAACGAGGGCCGCAAGAGCAAGAAGGUCAAGGCCGAGCGGUGAGUUGGGCCUGUGCGGGCAACGUCGAGCGAGGCGAGGGCGAGGGCGCGAGCCUGUGCAUGUGUAACGCAGCCUCGGCUUUCUGCAGCUCUU